AUGACAAAUUUUUGGUUUUUGCUGAUUUUCUCACUAUUUUUUGAAAUUUUCUGCUUUGCGAUGACUCUUGAUAUUAAUCAAACAAUUAAAAUCACUCAGCUAACAGAAUGAAACGAUUUUCCUAUUCAACUCGUUACUUCAAAUAUCACCGACACAUACAUCGCUAUUAAACUUGAAAUAAUCGAGAGGCAGUUUCAAUCAUUUCCUCUUUUAUAUUUAGGAAUAAACUUUGAACCUGAUUUUGAUAGUCAUAUAAAUCAACCGAAAUUCAAUUACUCGGAUUAUCAAUCCUUUUUAAAUCAAGAAGAAACACAAUGAAUUAUAUUGCAAUAUGAUAGCAAGUUAUCAAGCUCCAGUCUUUAUAUUGGGAUUUGAUAUGAAAAUUUUACCAAUGGACCAAUACAAUAUAGCUUAUCAUUCUUUCAGUCAAAUAAACCAAUAUGCCCUUCAAUGUGUUCUGGCAAUGGGCAAUGCAAAAACCUUGGGAAAUGCUCUUGCUAUAGCUCUUAUGUAGGUAAUGAUUGUGAAACUACGACAUUUUCUAUUGGAUUUAAUGAAAGUAGGUGGGUUGAUGUUAAAAGUGAUGAUAAAACAUAUUUAAAAUCUGAUGCAUUUCAAUGUAACUUUUAUUUAGGAGGGUCUGAUGUUGUUUUAAAAUGCUCUUUGUCAUAUGGGGAAGCAGUUUUAUACAUAGGGUUUCCAACUAAUGAGUAAAUUUUAGACAGUACUUCAAAUCUUCCUAAUAAAGAGUCUUGCGCUUAUACUCUCUAUUUGUCUCAAGACAUAAGAUUUAUUCACAAAAGCAUAAAAACAUCAAAUUCCUAUGGAUUUCUUAUAAUAGGAAUUUUUAAUACUUUAAAAGACUCAGGAAACACAUUAUCAGUAAAAUGCUACUUGUCGCAUGAUAACUCAUCCUCGUCCAAAAGCACAAACAUGGUGAUCGUAUAUGCAUUGGUUGGAAUAUCAAUAUCUAUUUUUGCCUUAUGAGUUAUUGGAUUUAUUAUUAAAUGUCGAUGAAGAAGACAUGCAGUAGACAAUGAGCACUCCCCAAUGGGCAUAACAAAAGAAUCAAUUGAAAGUUUAUUUCCAAGUUUCAAUCUGAAGAAUAUUGAUGACGCAGAUAUACCAAUGUGUAUGAUUUGCUUAGAAGAUUACAACCCUAAGUCCAAGGUAAGAAAACUAGGCUGUGGGCAUAUUUUUCAUAUGAGCUGCAUUGAUGAAUGAUUUAGGCAUCAUAAAAUCUGUUGCUUAUGCAAAAGAGACUGUGAAAGUGUAAAUAAUAGUGUUUUACCUGAAAAUAUUGCAACAUUUAAUAUUGAGCAAUCAAGAAAUUUAAGUGACUCUUUUACUGGGCUUAUUGCUGAUGAGCUAAAUAACGAGGAAUAA